AUGAAUAAUGUUGAUCAAUUGGAGUCACAAAUUCCAUAUGAGCUAGAUGAUGCUAAAGGCAUGUACGUUGACUUUAGAGUAGAGACCACUAGGCACAAAGGCCGCAAUAAAAAACUUACUGCAAGUGGAUCAAAGACCUCAAUUUCGGAUGAGAUCUUGAAAGAGAAAAUUGAUGUCAAACAUGCAAAAUAUGAACAGCGUGAUAGAGCUCUAAUGAAACAACAACAAGAUCGAGACUAUGAGAAUUUUUGGCUGAACUAUAACGUGAACAAAAGGCUUUAUACCUUGCCGGAACUUCUCAAUGAGCUUAAAGGAGCAGAAAAACUUCAACCUAGGCAAGCUAAGGUCAAUCCGAAUGAGAAGGGAUCUUCUACCAUACCGAAAGGUAAGAAGAAGAAAAAGACUCAAAAGAAGAAUAAGUCAGUCGAUUCCAAGGGCAUUCAAGGUGGAGUGAAAAAGCCGAAAGGCAAAUGUUUUCACUGUGGCCAGAAGGGACAUCGAAAAAAGCAAUGUCAGACAUGGCUAAGCAAGAAUACUCAAGGGGUUCCAGGAAACUAG